AUGUCAGUAACUCCAUCACAAGAACAUUCCGCAGCUAUUUCGUCCAAAGGGGUAUCAGGAUUGAAAGAUUUUUCUGGACAAGAAGAUAAAACUGAAGAGGCUUUAAGAUCGUUUAUUGUCUUGGAUGAUUGUAAAUAUGCUUCGAAAAAUAUUGGUAAUGCAAAAAAUAAUGAAUUCAUGGAAUGUGACUGUUAUGAAGAGUUCGAAGAUGGUCGUAAUAAGGCUUGUUCCGAGUAUUCGGACUGUAUUAAUAGAUUGACUUUGAUAGAGUGUGUCAAUGGCUUAUGUAAUACCUGUGGUGAUAAUUGUGAAAAUCAAAAAUUUCAGAAGAAAGAAUAUGCUGAUAUCUCUAUAUUCAAAACUGAACUUAAAGGUUACGGUGUACGAGCAAAUUCAGAUUUAGAGGAAAAUCAAUUUAUAUAUGAAUAUAAAGGUGAAGUUAUCGAAGAAAAUGAAUUUAGAGAGAGAUUGAUUGAAUACGAUCAGAGGGGUUUCAAGCAUUUUUACUUUAUGAUGCUUCAAAGUGGCGAAUUCAUUGAUGCAACGAUUAAAGGUGCUUUGGCCAGAUUUUGCAACCAUUCAUGUAACCCUAACGCAUAUGUAAAUAAAUGGGAAGUCGCAGGUAAGUUAAGAAUGGGUAUUUUUGCAAAGAGGAGGAUUUCAAAAGGUGAAGAAAUAACAUUUGACUACAAUGUCGAUAGAUAUGGUGCCACAGCUCAAAAAUGUUACUGUGGUGAAUCAAACUGUAUAGGUUACAUGGGUGGUAAAACACAAACUGAUUCAGCAUCAUUAUUGCCAAAGAAUUAUGCUGAUGCCUUGGGUGUUCAGAUCUUCGAUGGAGAAAAAUGGAUAAAAGAAAUGAAAGCUCAAGGUAUAAAAAUUGAAAAACAAGUUGCAAAUAAUAUCAAUAUGGAUUUCGUAGAAUCUUUGGAGCUUUCGGCUUGUUUCUCUAUGGAUGAAGUAGCUAAAGUCAUGUCUGUUCUUCUACAAAUUGAUAAUGAAUAUAUUGGUAAGAAGUUACUUGGUAGAUUAUUUGACAUAUUAGAUGAAACUCUAUUGACACAAGUGAUUAAAUUUCAUGGAUAUAGUUGUUUUGCAAAGUUAUUGAAGGUUUAUAUAAAGGAUAUUGAAUUAGUAGCUCAAAUAUUGGAGUUUCUACUUAGACUUCCAAAAUCAACUAAAAAUGGUAUAACAUCAUCUCAGAUUGAUAAAGAAAUAUCGAAAAUAAUAUCAGCGGAACCAGAACUUUCAAAAAUUGGUAAUGAAUUAUUGGAAAAGUGGAAUAGCUAUGAGACCUACAAUAGAAUUUCAAAGAAAGAGUUCAAUGAUAGUAACAAAGGUGGUAUGAUUGAUCUAAGGAGGAUUAAACUGCCUCAUGGAUGGGAAAUUAUCCAUGAGAAUGGCCGUCCUAUGUACUAUAAUGCCCAAUUGAAAACAAAGCUUCACAAUCCUCCAAAUUCGACCUCUAAUAUAUUUAAAGUUCAUUCUAAUCCAAACGUCAAUAAAUUGGCUAAUAGAAGUUACAAUAAUUUACAUAACAGUCCAUCUGGCAGUGAUAAUCGUCUAAAUAAAAGAGUUAAAAGAAAUUGGGUUCCCGAUGAGGAAUAUGAAGUAAAGAAGAAAUUGAGAAUCGAGCAAGAGCAGAAAGCGUUAGAUGAAGCUAAACUUCAGGAAGAAAUAUUAUUAAAAGAAAAAUUCGAGCAAGAAACCAGAAUGAGAGAUGACCUUGCAAAAAUUAUUGAGGAAGCUAAUAAUCAGAAACAAUUAGCUGCAAUGAAGGAUAUGGAAGUGACAAUGCAGGGAGAAGAAAAAAAGAAAAAGAAGAUAUCAAAGAAUAAACAAGAGGUCCUCGAACACAAAUGGAACAAGUACUUUGCAACUUUCGUUCCAAAUAUAUUAAAAAAAUAUAAAGAUCAGCAUAACUUGAGCCAUGACCAUAUAAAAAAUUGCGCAAGAGAUAUUGUCAAGACCUUAACUGCAAAAGAGUUGAAGAAGAACGCCGAUAAAACUCCUCCAGAGAAGCCUAGUUCUGAGAAGCUUGCAAAGGUUAAAUCUUUUGUUAAAGGAUAUAUGGAAAAGUUUAUAAUAAAAUAUAAUGAGAAAAAGAGAUCAAAGACUGUCUGA